AUGGCCAGGCUACGCUUCUUCGUAGCAGCCAUGACCUUCUGGCUCUCGAUCGCCUCCGCCGACAUGGCGUCGCACGGUCACUCGUCCACCAGCUGCACGUUUGCUGAAACAAACAUCAAGUUCUGCCGGCCGUACCUGCACAUGGGCAACCGAACCCUUCGUCCCGGCAGGACCUGCUGCUUCGUUGCCCACAGCAUCUACCUCGUCGCACCCGAGUGCUUCUGUGACGUCGUCAAGCCGUCCUCCCUGGGCGUGCCUGUGAACGCCAGUCGCGUUUCCCGCCUCCCCAGUCUCUGCCACCUUCCCAAUGGAGCCCUUCAUUGCAAUGGUACCUCGACGACCUCCCCUUCCUCUGAUGACAUCUCUGAACACUCUCCUUCUUUCCCUUCCUGA